AUGGUGGUCAUCGACGUCGUCCGUGACUCGUGCCACCGAAUGGAAAAAACAAGAGUGAUGGUCAAUCGCUAUCGAUGCGGAACCACCAGCACGAAUCCCAUUGUGCGCGUGCUCGUGCUCGGUAAUGGCGCGGCUGGAGCGGAGAAACAGGCGCUCGCACUCGGACACAAGCUCCGUCAGCAUCUCAAGACCCGACUGCACUGUCUGCCCGUGGACUGUGUGCGCGUGACGCUGGGGACGGCGCGUGGAAUCCCUCCCGUGCUGCAGGUUGUCGGUGCUCGCAUCAUGCGCAACCCCGUGUUCGGCUACAAGGAGCAAGAAAGUACGCGCUCAUUGCUUGCGCUGGACCAGGAUUUGCACACGUUCACCGUCGCGAUUGGCUGUGGGGGGAGCACCGUCGCGCUCGGUGUCAUGAUGAAGCAAGUAGCGCCCACUACGACGUUCAACGUGCAGAUACAGCACCCACGCGUGCCCCUUUCGUGGUUUGACGCUGUUGUCGUACCUCGCCACGACGUUUUGCGCACAAGAGACGGUGCAACAAAUCUAUUUUGUACAUCAGGGUCUAUUCACGCUGUUACGCGCGAUUUAUUGCUGCAUCAUGGCUGUAAAUGGUCUAAGGAGUUGGACGAGAAGCUUUACGGUCGACAAACACGCGUCGUGUGGCUUGUAGGAGGACCUUGUCGUGGCUUUGGAUUCACCGAGCAUGAGGCGGAUGAUAUGGUGGAAGAACUGGGACGAGCACUACUGCGUGGCGACUAUGACGAGGUAGCAGUGCUCGUGACGUUCUCACGGCGUACGCCCGAUAUUGUCAAGAAGGUCAUUCGUCGUGGACUUUAUGCAAAAUUGCCACUGCCUGGACAAGUGCUCGUGUGGAAUGGCACCGAACGUCGCAAUCCGUAUUAUGCAUUGCUCGCCACGGCGUCUUGCAUCGUGACGACGCCGGACUCGAUCUCCAUGACGACGGAAGCCAUUGCGGCGGGCAAGCCAGUGUUUACGCUUGGCGCGGCAACUUGUAAGGGCAAGUUCCUGCGCUUCCACGAGUACAUGUUCAAGCUUAAGGCGACUGCACCGUUCAUAGCGGACGAUGUGGCUGCGUCGCUGCGACGCAAGGCCGAUGAAGCAGACAGUGCAUCGUCGCGUGCGCGUGCAAUGUUUGAGAAUGAGACCUCCGAGAUUGUAGAUUCAAUCGCCACGAGGAUUGACGAUGCAUUACAACGAACAAGACCUUAG